UCCGGGCGCCGUCGCGCCCGCGACUCCACGCGGGUAUCCGCCCCUGCGGCGCUGCAUCUCCUCCCACCACACGCAGCCCCCGCGCGUACUGGUCACGGUCCCUUUAAAAUUUGAAUCACCGUCGGUUACCGAGAGACUCCGUCCUCCGUCGCGACGAUACUCCGCGCGGGCGGCGCAAGUGCGCAUCCGUCUGGUCUGGUUGGGCAAUCUGGGAUCGCGAGUAUCGCGAUUACGAGCUACGACGAUCGGCGGGCGACCUGUUGAUCUCUCCACGAGGAUCGUCGUGCGCGUGAGCGCGGACGAACAUCCGGUCGCGAGCGAUGUCGGAGACGAGCGGGGACAACGCCAAGUACAAGUGGACGCCCGAGAGCACCGCGCUGCUGGUCUCGGUGUGGUCCGACCGGCAGGUGCAGAAGCAGCUCGAGUACGCUCCCCGGCCGCAGGUGAUCUGGGAGAGCGUGGGCCGCUACAUGAAGAAGAAGGGCUACAACGUCACCGGUAAGCAAUGCCGGUCGCGCAUGAAGCAGGUCCUGGUGUGCUAUCGCGAGGCCAAGCGGGUGGGCACCCGCGCCGGCGUGGAACAGUACUACGAGAUCAUCGACCGGGUGCUGAAGAGCAAGCGUCUGGAUCAUCACGCCAACGUCAAUGUCGGCGUGGACACCGUUGAUGCAACUGUGAAGUCACCGCCGAAGGACGUAAAGACCAACAAGAAUCUGCAGAUGAGGCUGAAAGUUCAGGAACCCAUGCAGUCUCUCUUACGAACGGAGGCUCUAUCUCCCACGUGGACGAUGGGAUACGAGAAUGAGUAUCCGGAUUCACCCGAAUCGAACGAGACCAUAAUAGCCAAGCCGUACAACAGAGUUUUUUCCCCUACGAGAGACGUUGCCAUAAACACUGGCGAGCGUUUUACCCAGAUUGGCAAUCGAGCGGUACAGAUAAAUCCGAUCGAGAAACCGAUGCGGGAAGAAUAUCGGCAGAAUUUACUGGCCUCUAUGCCGUACGCAGAUAUUCCUUAUCAGAACGCGGUGCAGAACGUACAGAAUCAGAUCAUUCAGGAGAAUAUGCAGCAAUAUCAGAAUAGCCAGCAACAAAAUUAUACCGGGUGGAAUCAGUUGCCGCAGCAGAGCAUGCCGGCGAACAAUCGGCUUGGCUUUCAGCAGAACGUGCGCAAUUUUAACCAGCAAUACUUAACCAGCAAUAACGGAACGAUGCAGAACAACGUGAUGCAGAAUCCUAACGUGGAGAAUAUCGUGCGUCAGCAAAAUCAGCUGCACCGAGGUGCGCAGUACGCGGACAAUCAAGCGAUGCCGCAGGAACCGCGUAGGGUCACUUACGCGCAAAACCUGGCGACUAUGUAUAGGCAGUAUCAAGACGCGCCUCGUCUAGCUUGCAUGACGAACGUCAUGCCGAAUGCCGGAUCGCUGUCGCCGGACGUAUCGCAGAAUUUAAACGACGCUUUUUGCCUGUCGAAGAGCGACGACAAGACGCAUAAUUUAAACGAGACGUACAACCGACCCGUUAAUGCGGACAUGCUGGCAGACGCGACUGUUGUGACGAACAACGCGACCUGUAACGACGAGACUCUGCUGCUGGAAUUUUUGUUGGACUCGCCCACUCCAUCGGAGAACGGAGAACGUAAAUCGCGGGACAGCGCCGUGAAUACGGAUGAAGUGCCGAGCGCACCGUUCAGGAAGAAGAAGGCGCAGAAAUUGGAGCAACUUGUGCUCAGUGCGAUUAAUUCUCAGAAUGAAGUCGUUAAUAAGAUCUUGACUGCACAGAAUGACAUGGUUACGCGAUUCCUCGACGUGGACAGAGAUCGACAGAACAGGCUCGAGAACAGAUUGGAUCAUUUACUGAACGUCGUUCAUUCAACAGUGCUCAACAAGAACGAGUCGCCACCACCACCACCGAUGCCGGAAACUGCGAUCACUUCUUUACUUCCGCCACCGAAGCCCGGAAUGAUCCCGCCGAAAUUAGAUUUAGUUCCGCCGAAGCCUUGUCGCGUUCCUUGCACGAUCCCGAAUUCGAACGUGCAGUUAGUCAAUCAGAAUCCUAUUCAGACUAGACCCGGCGUCGUGUCACCGAUCACCGUCAGUCCAGGAGGUAGAAAACUCGGCACGAUAUGGUCGAAAUUGGGCCCGGUGUCCACGUCGCCGUUCGUAAAGGCUCAGCAACGGCUUGGUCUUCAGCCUGCCUUCAACAAUGACAUACGCACGAAAUCGUCGGCGGAAAGACGCAUUGCUAUGGAGGUGGGCAUACUGCGUAUGGACAUGCGUGGCUUGAUGUACGAGACAGCGAAGCUGUUGGAGGUAGAACGCGAACUCGAGGAGAGGAUAGAAAACGCUCGGCUGGAACUGAACAUGGGUCAGACAUUGACGGCGCGCAGGAAGCUGUUCACGCAGCGAGAACCCACUCCUAUCAUGAUACUAACCGCGGCUUUCUUGGACACCGAGUGUCGCGUCUACGAUCAAGAUCCGCCUUAUCACGGCACCUGGAAUUCGCGGAAGGAGAUACUCAAGUACGUGCGGCGAGAUAAUCUCCUGGCCGGACAGGGUGAGAGCUACGAGCGUAUGCGCCAGUUGAACUCGGCAAUACGAUACAAUUACCCUGGUUGCGAGCCGUGCGACUCAUCGACCCCGGCGAAAUUGCCGCUCAACGUCGCCGAGAACGCCAAUAACGAGACCGAGGUGCCGAAGCAGACCAUUCAGCAACUCGCGCGACUCGUGAUGAACAGCGCGAGAUGGCGACAUUCCGCUCCGCCGCAGCAGAAUUUAGCUCGUUCUACAGUUCAACCGGUAAAUCCAAACGCCCAGGACGUUGAGUACAACGUGACUUACACCGCCCCGAAGGCGAACGCGCCUCUGCCUCCGGGUGAACCGCAAAGAUUCGUUAAGGGUUACGAUGUGGCGCAACAGAAACAAGGCAGCAAUAACGAGGCAGCUUCUAACGGUAGACCGUUGGAAAAUGAUUUGCGUGGUCAAUCCAAGUUCCCGAUGGGCUUUACCACUACUAUGUUAAAUGCCAAUGAUCAAAAAUACGCGACUCUACCGAGACAAACGAACGACGGAGGAUCUAGAGCUUUGGGAUUCGUCGAGAAUCCGUUGACCGAUCGCAAGAACAAUGUUCGCUUUAUGGACGAGGCAUUGGCCGAGCUACAGCGAAUGUGUAUCGAGCGUCAGAAUACCGAGAUGUCUGAAGCACUAUUGCCUUUUGUGGUGAGUAACGGCAAUAGUGCGAUAAGCGCGCAGAAUCGCAACCUGAUAGAGCGUUAUGUAAACGAUCUGCUAGCGAAGAAGUCGACCAGGGACAAGGACACGGACUCGGAUAACGAUGACGAAUAUCUCGACACUACCACCAGUAUGCCUUGCGUGGUGCGCAGAGGCUCAUUGACAUCGAACGGCACGGCGUCGACGGAAACUGCUCAUUCGGUAAAACUCGGCAAAGCGGCAGCUAAUCAUUGUAGAAUAAGUUAAGCGCAGGGAAAAAGACAGAAAGACAUAAACAUAUUUUUUAUAUAUUUUUUACUUGCGCGAUCAGUCUUCCCGAUAAUUGCUCAAUUGUGUGCGCCAGGUUCCUCAUCACUUGUUACUUCAUGACACGUAUUGUUUUUCGAUCAACGUUAUAUUUUGGUAAUCGUAAAACAAGUAUAAUCGUUUUAUGUUACGUAGUUCAUCGCAAAGAUCAAAAGCUUGAAUUAGCGUCACGAUUUAAAUGUUUAACCCUGUUUAAUCCUUAAAUACUAGCGAGUAGAAAGUUAUAGAUAAAUAUUAGGAAAAUUAUGAGUAAAUACUACUGUCGUCAUUUCUAAGCAGACUUAAAAUCCUUAGGAAUCAAAUAUUUCGAUAAUACACUCAGGCAAAUCAAUAUUUUUCAGUUUCCUUUAUAAGGAGGAGAAAAAUUACUUGUUGAAUCUAAUUGAUUCAACGCGAGUACUUAAGGAUUAAUGUAGAUCUUAUUAAUAGUUUAUUUCUACAUUAUACUAAUUUAGUACAUAAAUAAUGAUACAAUUUAGUGAUUACGUUAUUACCGUAUAAAUUUUUGAGGAAUAACACAUUCCGUAGAAAUAUGUUACGCAUACUAAUGAGUUGAAUAGAGCAUACAGUGCAAUGGUAUCUGUUGAGACUUCUUAUAUCGAUUGUUUUCAUUGUUUAGAUCUUAUUAUACAAUGUUUAUCACUCUUGUGUUAUAUAGUUUAUGCGCUAUGCAUAUAUUAUGCAUAAUUAUGAGCAAAUUCAUCGAUCGAGCAAUUCUACAAGUAUCGCGCAAGAUUCAAGAAAGGGAACUUAUUGCUUAUAUCUUUAGGUGGAUAGAAUUCUUAUGGGAGCAAUCUCGUAUUUUUAUACCAUGACCUGAAUUUAUAUGUACGAUUUCAUUAUUUUGCGACAUAUACACGUUCAUCGCCUUUGUGCCAAACUAGCGAUGUGCAAAUUGAAUUUCAUUUAUAAACAAGUGCCUUAUCAUCAAUAAAGAAUAUCAUCUAUA